AUGGUGUACAGUUCGUUGAAAGGAAUCCCUCGUGACUUCAGGGAGGGUGUUGACUGGAUUCUGGCCUUGAAGGGAUCGCAUCCUGAUGUGACCCUGGGUAUGUUGGCUGACGCAGUUCACCGUCUGCUUGUACGCCACCCUGUGGGCUACACGGAGAUUCCAGCUCUUGAGAAGGUAAAGAGUGUUGCGCAGAAGUUCUUCGAGCAGAAGAGCUUUAAGCACGACCCUUUCGCAGAAAUGCUGUUGAAACGCUACAAUGCGCGCAUGCCUAAGGACCCUAUGGGCCUCGCUAAAUCCUUAAAGUUCUACCUGGAAAGCGAUUACAGGAAUGUCAUUGCGGCCCAUGAUGUUAGACCCCAGCGCAUCGCAGGCAGAUUGCGCAGGGUUGCGGAUGCUUGUGAGAGGUUCUUGAAUGACAUCAAAAGCGCCGACAGCUACAGGUCUACCUACACCUCAAGGGCCACGUGGGAUGUAUCAUGCGCGAAAGACCCGGAAACUUGCGCAGCUAUUUUCGUGGGAAUUGCACCUAUGCUAUUCACUGGUCUGCUCUAUUUGAUGGAGGCUGACGAAUAUGCGAGCCGUGUAGAGCGUAAUUACGAGGUGGAGAAGCAGUUGGAAGAUCUGCUUAGGUCUCUGGGUUACGGCAAGCCUGAAUGCAAAGAUCGCAUUGACGGUCCGCUGUUCACCGUGGCGGUGCGCGAUAUUAAUGACACUAUAUUGGACACUCUCUACGACCUCGCUGGUUUCUGGGCGUUCUAUUGA